AUGGCAACUACGAGAAAUCUCGGAAAAAGAAAACGUGGGAAGCAAAGCGAGUCAAGCAGUCAAAGAACCGCUUACAGGCCGAGGAAUAUCCCAGAUCAGCCUGAAGAUCAACCGGAAUCAAGUCUGAAUGCAUCUCGGAAAAGAAGGGCGGAUCUCCCUAAUUCGGAGACAGCUGUCAAAAAGAGAUCUAAAGGCAAGCAAAAGGAGGAAAGUGUUAUAGUUGAUCUUCAAGACGAUACUUUAAUGACUUGGGAAAACGAAGAAGGUGAUUUUAUAACAAUGGAGGAAGGUAAAGAAAAAGAUAAGCAAGAAGAGGAUGAGGAAGACGACGAGGACGAGGACGAAAUUGACUGGGAAACGGUUCACUUACCACCUACGCUUCCUGAACAAAUGCAUGUUGAAGAAUCAGCAACCGAUGUUGUUUAUAAGGAUGUCGAGGUUGUGUUUGAGACGCCAAGAGCAGUGUUGAAAAAAUCCAAAUGGGAAAUAGAAUAUCAACGUAACCUACGUGAAUGGAUACAUCAUGGCCAUGUUAUAGCAUUAACAGCGCAUUAUAUCAUACGCAAUAGAUGGUGUUCAAGCAACAAGAUAAAAUCCCAGUGCUUAAAGAUUGUGCCUGAUCAUGCAAGAAAUCUUUUAUCCAAAGAAACGUCAGAAUCAGGUGUGAUUACUGGCAUUAAAUGGCUAUUGAACUGGUGGAGCAAUUAUUUUUCAGUCACUGGUCCAGGAUUAAUAACUCGACCAUACAGUGACUUUGCUGAUAUAAAUUACGACGUUUUACAAGAGAUGAUCUUAAAGCACGAAUCAAACGAGAAUGCCGACUGGAUUGAUAGUUUGGAUGAUUUUGUAAACUUACUUUCAAAAAAGGAAGGGACGAGUGAUACAUGCGCCGAGUUAUUCGUUGCAGUUUUAAGAUUCUGUGGUUGUGAUGCUCGAUUAGUAUGCUCACUUCAACCAGUACCACACAAGAUACCAUCCGAGAGUGCAUCCAAAAAGAAAAGCGGAAAGGGACAAAAUGGCGCUGAAAAGGACGGAAGUAAUGCAGAAGAAACAGAUGAAAAAUCAAACCUACUAUUUCAAUUUCGUACGCCAACAAAGUCUUAUGUGAAUCCCAACGUACAACUAAGGCAAAAGAACGCAAAGCCUCCUUGUGUGUGGGCUGAAGUUUACUGUCCAGAGUCAAAGAAAUGGAUAUGUGUUGAUCCAGUCAGAGGAAUCAUCAAUAAACCUGCAUUGAUGGAACCUGCUACGUUAAAUCGUAGUAAUCAGCUAUCAUAUGUAUUAGCAAUGGAUGACAAAAAAAGGCACAAUAUUACUGAUGUCACUAGACGAUAUACGUCGAAUUUGGAAAAAGCAAUACGAAUUAGAGAUAGACCGCUUACAAAACGCGAACAAAGUUCUGGUUUAAAGCCUUGGUCUGAAGUAUUCCUUGCUAUGAUCUGUCACAAGCCAAAAAUGGGAGAGAAGGAAAGACUUGAAAUACAAGAUUUGGAAAAACAAGAAAAGAAGGAGAGAAUGCCUACGAGUAUAGGUGGUUUCAAAAAUCAUCCACUGUAUGCCUUAGAGAGACAUUUGAAGAAAUUCGAAGUGCUAUAUCCAAAGGAGCCUGUGUUGGGAAGUAUCAGAGGAGAAAAGAUAUAUCCUCGACAGUGUGUGAAAACGGUGGCCACUGCGGAUAGUUAUAGAAAGCAGGGAAGAGAAAUAAUUGAAGGUGAGCAACCUAUCAAGAUGGUAAAGUCGCUAGCAACAACUUUGGAGAAGAAAAGACUUCAGGAGAUGGCAAAACAAGAUGGACAGGAAGUGUUGGUUCCUUGUUAUGGUGAAUGGCAAACGCGGAAAAUUGUGCCUGAUCCUGUUGUGAAUGGGAAAGUGCCUAAAAAUGCUUAUGGUAAUAUUGAUCUAUUUACACCGGAGAUGUUGCCGCCAGGAGCUGUUCAUAUCCCAAUUAAUGGCCUUGGAAAGGUUGCCAAAAUGCUUGGCAUCGACUAUGCUGAUGCAGUAACAGGAUUUGAGUUUACAAAGAUGCGCUCAGUACCUAUUAUCGAUGGUAUAGUGGUUGCAGAAGAGUACCAGUAUGUUCUUAUGGAGGCACUUGAAGAACAAGAAAAGAAUGAUGCAUUAAAAGCUAUUGAAAAACAAGAAAAGGAAGUUUAUUUACGCUGGAGAAAGUUGGUUAAGAGAUUGAUUAUUAAAGCGCGUGUAGACAGUGAAUACGGUGUCAGCAAGGAUGCCAGCAGGAGAGAUCAUAAUGAUGAUGUAUGGGCUGUCUAUAGUGCUACUAGUAAUGAUAAUAAUGAUACAUACCCUGGUGGAGGUUUUUUACCAGAAGAUAAUGAAUGA